AUGAAAAAAACCAAAAAGAGCCGCAGUGAUACUGCUGUUCAAGGAACUAAUGAUAACAGUAUUGUUAGCAAGUUAUCAUCAGCUAAACAUGGUUAUUAUCAAGAUGAUUUCUUGCAAUAUGUUGUUCAAAAGCCAGCGAGGAGAUCACCAUUAAUAAAUAGGGGCUACUAUAUUCGAGCUAAAGCAAUAGACUUUGUAAUUCGAAAAUUUUUAAGUUAUAGCAAUAAUGAUGAAGCAGCUAACAAAAAUAAACAAAUUUUAUCUUUAGGUGCUGGCUUUGAUACAUUAUACUACCGAUAUCAUUCAUUAAAUAUGUUGGAUUCAACAAUUGUCUACGAGACGCUGUCUGUGGCAACUUUGUUUGAAAAAAUUGUAACCAAUAUUGUUUCAUCGUCUUGCCAUAGCUCAUCGAACAUUAUAGGUUGGGCCUCAAAAUUCUUCAGUAAUGCAAUGUUUGUUACCUAUGAGCAGAUACAACCUAAUGAUGCUUUUGGAAGAGUCAUGAUCGCUUCAGUGUCAAGCAAUCCUCGGAGCAUGUUCAUAGCUGUUACUGGAGGUUUUGGAUUAUUGUCAGAUUCUCGUCAUAGACGAUUGUCCGAUAUAUCGGUAUUUCAUAUAACUAACGAUCCGAAGAAAGAAAUUACGUUAGUUAAUUCGACCGAACUGGAUAAUCCGAGACUUUUUCAUGCCGUUAUUCCUAUUAGUGAUAAUAAGAUAGCUAUAUUCGGUGGCAGACUUUCACCCCUCAAACACUACGGCGACGUUAUUGUAGUAACAUUCAAUCUAGAACCAAUUCAUACAGAUGAAUCAACUACAGAAGGUGAUUCAGCAAAAACACCUACAAGCUCUCAGUUGAAGCAUAAAGUUGACAUAGGCUGGGAGAGUAUAGCUUGUAGCGGUGAUAUGCCAACAGCUCGAUGGAGACAUACUGCGACAAUAAUUGAUGAUGGCAAAUGCUUAAUUUUUGGCGGAAUAACUACGAAUAUGGUUACUCUAAAUGACUCUUAUAUUUUUGAAUUUGCCUCGCGAAAAUGGUCUAGGGUAUCAGUAGCUGGAUUGGUAUCUCCUAGACAUUCGCACACAGCAUGCAAAUGGAAGGAUUACGUUGUUGUCUAUGGAGGCUUAGGAUUCGAUUUUAAGCCCGCUAUUGGCAUUAGUGCAUUAAAUAUUAAGGAUGAAUUAGCUAUGAAUUGGAUUAGUUUAGAAUUUAAUCCACAACUCCCAACUCGGUACUCUCAUACAGCCCAUGUUUUGGAAGAUAGACUACUUGUUAUUGGUGGAAUAGAUCCUUUCUUAACGUGUACUAACACAUUAAUUGACAUUAAUUUGGAAAAUCGCACAUGGAGAAUGUUCUUAUUACAAGAACCAUGCAUAGAAAAGCCAAUACUGAUGUUACACAACCAUGACAGCGUUUGCCUCGGUAAAAGUAGACAACAGGUGUUUACGUUAGGUGGAGGUGGAAAUUGUUUCUCUUUUGGAACACAUUUUAACUCUCAUUUACUAGAAAUUGUUUUACCAACGUGA